AUGGUCCACGAUGCCGAAAAGAUACAAACCCAAUUAAAGCAGUUGUCCUUGGAGGAGAAGGUAAGUCUGCUUUCCGGCUCUGGAUUUGCUACGACUGCGGCAAUCCCUCGACUUGGAAUACCUUCUUUGAAAGUAAUAGAUGUCCUGGCAGGAGGAGGCCCUACGACAGUCUGCUUCCCAAGCACUUCCUGCUUCGGCGCGACAUGGAACAUCGACCUGAUACGCCGUCUCGGUGAGGCACUUGGUAGCCAAGCAAAGUUCAAAGACGUUGCAACUAUUAUGGGCCCUGGGGUGAAUCUGCACCGAGACCCUCGUUGUGGCCGUAACUUCGAGUACUUCAGCGAGGAUCCGUUUCUUACAGGCUGCCUCGGGGCGGCCUUAAUCAACGGUAUUCAGAGUCACGGAGUAGGUGCUUGCGCGAAGCAUUUCGUUGCGAAUGACGCCGAAAACUACCGAAGAUCGUAUAAUGUUUUGGAUCCAUCCGGAGGCAAGGCUCUGCGGGAGCUUUAUCUGGCUGCAUUUCAAGAAGUGCUCGUUCACUCGAACCCUGUAGCGAUCAUGACUUCCUACAACAAGGUCGAAAACUUUCACACCUCUGAAACUCCACUACUGGCUGAAGUCAUACGUGGUGAGUGGGGAUACGACGGCGCUAUUCAGUCAGAUUGGUUUGGAACCGUUUCAACGGUACCAUCUAUCCUGGCAGGGCAGGAUUUAGAGAUGCCCGGUCCUUCCAUUUUCCGCGGUCCGCGUUUGAUGAAAGCUGUCAGAGAUGGACUCGUAUCAGAGGGACAGAUUGAUCAGCGAGCAACAAAGAUGCUCGAGUGGAUUGACAAAGUUACACAACGGUCCACGAAGCUACCCUUGUCUCAGGACGAUUCAGUGGCGGUGGCCAGACAAGUUGCUGCAGAAGGCGUCGUCCUACUGAAGAAUGAGGGCGCAGUUCUGCCACUUGAUCCAAAAACACCGAGCAGAAUAGCUGUCAUAGGUCUGCCAGCCGUUGACCCUCCUGUGGGUGGUGGAGGCAGCUCUUUGGCACCUCCUCAGUAUGUUCGAAAUGCCUGUGACGCCAUCAAGGCCGCACACAUCGAUCCGCAUCUAGUUCGAUACGGAGGUGGUGUUCGUUGCAAUAAGAUCCUCCCAACUAUCCCAGCAGACCGGAUCUCAACUCCUGAUGGACUACAAGGUGUUAGCGUCGCCUACUACAACAACUCUUCCCCUUCAACGCCCGUUUUCACCGAACCCCAGAGGCGAGCCCAGGUUAUGAUGCUAGGAUGGCUUGCGCCUGGUUUGGAUGAAUCUGGUGGAUUUCGCUACGAAAUCAAGACCACAUUUAUCCCAGAAUCAACGGGUAAUCACUCCAUAGGUGUUCGAUCAACAGGGGCAUACCGGCUGUUCAUCGACGAAUCUGAGAUUCUCUCGGCUCCAUCACCCAGCUGCAAUGCUGAAACAUUCCUCUUCACGCCACACAAAUUAGAGACGUCAAUCGUAUUCCCCAUGAGCUCAGGACAGUCAUACUCUAUCCGUCUUGUAGUGCAGUCCUGGAAGUCAACAGUUCAAAAGGCAAAUGAACCCAGUCCGCACAUGACGGAGUUAUGUUUUCAGACGGAAAAUGCUGAUGAUCAGGCAAUCACGGAAGCGGUCUCACUUGCGAGAGACUCUGACGUUUCUAUUGUCUUCGCAGGCCGUAACAGCCAGCAUGAAGGUGAAGGUUCGGACAUGGAGAACAUCAGUCUGCCAAAUAGGCAAGAGGCCCUUAUACGUGCUGUGGCAGCUGCCAGCAAGAAGACUAUCGUGGUGCUUUACAGCGGCGGCCCUUUCGAUGUGUCCGCAUUUGUAGGGUCCGUGGAUGCCAUCAUUCACGCGCACUACUUGGGUCAAGAAGGAGAUCUUUCACUUGCUGAUAUUCUCUACGGGAAGAUCAACCCCAGCGGCAAAUUGGCGACCACAUGGCCGAUGCAGUUGGAAGACGUUGCUACUUUCGGAAAUUUUCCCGCAUCGAUGAACCCCGACGGUCAACCCGAGAUAACUCUUCAGGAAGGUAUCGAGUUUGGUUACAGAUGCCAACACCUUGUCCCUCCUCGCUACCCUUUUGGUUACGGCCUCUCCUACACCGUCUUCCAAUUUUCCGAUCUAGCUAUCGAACCGACUCAUAUCGAUACCGCAAAAGAAUAUUCGGAAGCUGUUAUCAGCGUCAGGGUUACAAAUACAGGUCCCAGGACCGGUGCCGAAGUGGUGCAAGUAUAUGUUCAGCCUUCCGGAGCUUCGGGACGGUCACCCAAAAUCCUGAAGGGUUUCUCCAAGGUCUUGCUUGAGCCUGGUACAUCAUCAGAGCAGAAGAUUAAGAUCAACAUACGCCAGGCAUUGAGCUCUUGGGAUACACAGUUGAAGAAGUGGCGGCUCGACUCAGGUGCCUACCGCGUUAGUAUUAACGGAUAUACUGCUGAAGAAGCGACAAUAAAUGUUGGUGAACAGGUUACAUGGCUUGGUUUGUAA